UUUUAGAUGGUUUUUUUGCAGAACGUUUCAACGUCACUCUUGACAAUCAGGGUCUUUUAUUGUUGUCCUCGAUGAAGCUUGCAUCUUCCAAUAACUUGUUUUUCUUUCAUUCAACUCUUCGUUUUAUGAUGACGUUUUUGUCUCGAUGAUAAAACUCUCUCUCGCUCUCAAUCACUGAUAAUCACCGAUAAAUUCGUCUCUGACAUCAAACACAUUUAUCGAUCCUAAUCGUCGUUGCUUCCGAGUGAAAAUUUCAUUGCAAAUCAGCCAAGUUGUAUGCUUUUUUAAAGAAAAAUUUCAAAAGUGACAAAAAAGGUGGCAUUUUACUGCACAAUUAAUUUAAAAUAUUGGUGCGAUCUGUUCGCUCUGAAAAACGGGGAGCUCGGAAGAACUCGUUCAAAAAAUUUAUCUCGGCUUCGAAGAGUCUACGCAGUAUCAUUCGUAUAAAACACUGAAAAGAACAGCGAUUGCAUUAUUACUGGAAACAAAGAGAAAUCUCGCUGACCCAGUUAAGCCGCGAAACGCUAAAUUUUCAUGAGAUUUUUCCUUCAAUUUGCAUCAUUAACUAACUCCCCAAAAUUGAGUGUACGGUCAAAAGAUCCUGAGACAAAAUAUCCUCGAUUUGAAAAUAUCUUACACUCAUAUAAGACUGAACGUCUUGGAUAUUUUUGUCAAGUGGUCGAAAAGGUGUUGGCUACGUUUUGCCAAAUGGAGACAUCCUCUGUACGUUUUCGUCGAGAGCAACAGUAUUCAGAGUAUCCUCGACCAUGGACGAAAUCAGAAGGGAAGACGAUUGGAGACAACGUGAGAUCCCAUCUCUCCCAUUUAGUAACGACGAGACCAUUCAUGAGGAUGGGUUUGACCACUAAAUUCGGUUUUUAUGCUUGGAAAAAUCUCGAUGAUUUUUCUAUGGAUGAUCAUCUCAUUAGUUCGCCAUGUUAUUACAGGGGACGUCAAAUUUCUGAUACAAAUAUCCAGGACUUUGUGAGUGACGUUACUUCGAAGUUUCUACCCUCGGCUCAAUCGCCCUGGCAAGUUCACGUGAUAAAUUGCCUGGUGAGUGGACAAGAGAGCCAAGUUUGCCUCGUUCGAGCACACCACUUGCUCUUAGACCAAGAGCAUCUCAGCCUCGCCGAUUUUUUGCCACUAAAAUACUCCCCCGGUAACUGGGCAUGUCAGGAGAUCGAUUCUCCAUUCACGAACUUGUACACCGAGCCGUCGGCUUUGCCAAAACUCCAUCAGAAGCUGACCGAGAGCUUCAGUAAUUAUUGGAACGAAUUUUUGUGCAACAACGAUCCCAUCGAAAAACCUGAGAUCCUCAAAAAGCCGCCGGGUCUUUUCCAGUUUCUCAAAAUUUUCGUUAUCGCUGUUGUUUCGACUCUCAAAGAGUGCGGAAGAAAUUACAGAAAAUCUGAGAGAUUCACCGUUCCAGAAGUGUGGCCAAUAUUUAAAAGAGAAUCGACGAAACGCAAUUUGAGUCUCACCAUAUUGAUCGGUGCGAUAAUCAGGGUACUGAAUCCCUUCAACAUGGUUUAUUCGAUGAUGGAAUGGGCUUGUUACAUAAUCGUAACGUUUACUCUCAAAACCCCGAUUUUGAUAUUACGAGAGUUGAGAGCCCUGAGAUCCAGUCAGAAGCACCAGUAUCCAGAAACGUUGACAUCGCUGCUGUUUUUCUACUUGCCACUCAUGAUGGAAGCGAGCAUUGAAGUACUCUCGAUAACGUGGAUAGCGAUUGGAGCCCCGCGGGCCAUCGUCGACGAAAUUUUUCUGAAACACGCUCAGUCGAACAGCUUGCAAACAAUUUCGCCAUGCGGUCGUAAAGUGGUCGCGUGGUCGGACCAAAUCGACGGGGAUAUUUUAGGAAAAAUCUCCAACCUCACGGGAGCCACCGAAACCGAAAUAUUAUUGACGGCGGUCGUGGGCUCGUUGAAAGAAUAUUUCAAAUCUUCGGGGGUCGAGAUGCCAGAGAAUGUUCUCGCGACUGCUAAUUUCGUCAGUCAGAGAGCACUUUUCGUCAAAAAUCACACGCCCAGAGGCAUGCUCUGUCUUGCACUGCCCACGAGAACGCCACUCUUCGAGGACGACCUUGUUGAGAUUUUACAGGUGACAAAGAAAAAUUUGCAAGAAGCUCGAUCCCGACAGAGCGCUAUUUACGCAAUAACAGCUGCGGAAAGUUCGAGAGGACUUUUAACGGCCUGCUUGCCCUCCGUGUUUCUCAAAAUAGCGCUCAAUCAUUUGUCGAGAAGAUACUCUCUGUCGCUCACCCACGUGGAAGGCGAUAUGCCCGUCGAGGGCAUUGAUGCCGUUGUCUAUUGGAGUCCUCCCCAGGGAAAUUGUAAUAUGUCAAUGACACUUCACAGGCACGCGAGUGGGGCACGCCUCGGUGUCAUGGCUGACGCGAUACUCGGGCCUGAACACUCGAUAAUAACGAAAUGUUUCCCAAGAAGCUUGAAGAGUUUGGCGAGAACGCUCGGUGUACCGGAAACGCCGAGCGGAAGUCCGAGUCCGGGACCAGCCAGCCCGACAACUUCUCCUGGUUACUGAGAUACGAGAUUGUGAAAAUGAUAUUUAUGAAUAAAGGAAGUGAAUUCGAAAAGAAA